UGUAAACACUGGUGCGCGUAGCGAGUUGUAACAGCCCCUGCCUUAAUGGUGACUGCUUGAGAGGGGGAGUGAGCGAACACCAGGAUGGCCACCGCGGAUGUGAUAAGGGAGGCUGCCUUGUACCUCGAAUAUUUCCUGAAGGGAUUGUCAGAAUGUAGUGUUAUUGGAAGCUACACUGUACAGUUCCUGGAGACAAGAGGCUUCAGUCCCCGCCUGCAGAGUUCCCUAGCUGCUCAUCUUCUGCAGCUCAUCUCCAACAUGAAGAGUUUAUUGGUGAAAAUAGAUGAGUCUUUUGGCCCCUUUUGUAAUGCUGAAGUUCAGACUGAUGAAAUAAGUGGCUGCUCUUUGUGCAAGUGUCAGGAGUCCCUCAUUACUCCCAUGAAGUCUCCCUCCAUGGAAGACACCAAAGUUGAGAUGGAAUCUGGCUCACAAGGUAAAACUUAUGAAUCACCAGAGUUGGUGCAGCUGUUGUCAUCCUCACCUCUGAUCCAUCUAAAGCAGGAGAUCACAUGUGUCCCUGACCCUGUCUCAUCCAGCUCAGCACAUUGUCCAGGAGUGGAGAUGACCAUAAGUGACUUAGAUAUUAAAGAGUUGAAAACAAGGAACACCUUGAAAUUACAUGAAAAUAAUGACUGCUCAAGUUCCCAAAUUAGCAAGUGUGUGCUUGCUUCUCCAUUGAGUGUUGGGACGCCCCUGGAACACAUGGAACUGGACUAUGUGACUUCAGCACACCUAGAUGAGGAUGGCACAGGGGAGAUUCUUCUGCAUGAUCUGGAAGGUUCAGAGGUUGCAUCAUCGGACGGCUUGAUGUACUCUGUGUACACCAUGAACCCUAGCGGAUCUUUGCAACUUGUCAGCAGAGUUCUCAGUAAGAGUUCUAUGUCUAAAGAUGCUACAGAAGACCAGGCAGAAAAAACAGUUAUCAAGACAAACACCAUGAAAGAUUCCCAAGAGACAUCUCCCCAAGUUGAGACCCUCAGUCUAGGGAGCAUGCAGGCAGAAGGAACAGAGGGAAGCCAGGAAGAAAUGGUGGUGGCUCCAGACAUUUCUAGUUUUGAAGAGACACAAUUCAAGAGACCAACUGACAGCAAGACUUCUAAAAAAACAGUGUCAUCCCAGGGGAGUCCUGCAGGAACUAUACUUACAGACAUUGUCAGGCUGGGACCUGAAGAUCUUGGCAGUGGAACUUGGUGCAGCAUCUGUGAGAAAGAAUUUCCCUCUGCAGGAAGUCUUAAAGUUCAUUUAUCUCGAGCCCAUAGUCAGAUCAAGUGGUGUCUUACCUGUACAAAGACAAUGAAUUCCGAAGAGGAGAUGUGUGACCAUGUUCGCGAGUGUCACAGUGACCUGCCCUUCAUCUGUGUGGUGUGUGGCCAGACUCUGAGGACAAAUGCUGCUUUCCAAAGACACAUGGACAUCCACAAGGGCCUGCGAGGGAGUGCAUGUGAGAUUUGUGGACAGACAUUUUCUAGAACUGAGUAUUACCGUGAACACAAGAGGAUCCAUACAGGGGAGAAACCUUAUGAGUGUGAGACGUGCAAGAAAUCCUUCAGCAGGUCAAGCAAUUUGUAUGCUCACAUGAGAAUUCACAAUGAAGAACAGCGGCACAUAUGUGAUGUGUGCAUGAAAUCCUUUGCACGAGCAGACAAGCUGAAGGACCAUAUGAUCCGACAUUUGCAGAUCAAACGGUAUGCAUGCCGCUUGUGUCCCAAGGCUUACAAUGAGAAGAGGGAUCUGACCAAGCACUUGGAGAAGAUACACACCAGCCAUGCCAACGUAGAAAACCGACAGGAGUUUAUAAUAGGAAAUUAAUGUUUAUCUUUCAUUUCUAGAGGCAAGUCUCAUAUCACCUGUGGGUAGAGCCAGGUGUAGGUCUCCAUGCCCCUACAGAAGUGUAUAAAUUAUUCACAGGGUAUGCACAAAGCUUCCUCUAAAGUGCCACAGUAGCCAGGGAAUUAUGAGUGGCUGGAAGCAGCUGUGUUUCUCAUAAGUAUGAGAAUUGCCAUCAUCUUUGUAACUGGCUACAUAUCUGUCAAAAUGUCUCAAGAGGGAUGACCACAGUAGAAGAUCUCCACUUGCUCUUGAUAAUAUACCUCAUUGUUGCACAAUGAAAUCCUUCUCUCUCUCUCUCUCUCUCUCUCUCUCUCUCUCUCUCUCUCUCUCUCUCUCUCUCUCUCUCUCUCUCUCUCUCUCUCUCUCUCUUUGUAUACUGUAUCUUAUCAUUUUAUAAGAGACUGUUCUCAUACCCCUAUCAGCAUCCAUCCUACUCUUGUAUACCUUUUUCAUCACAUCAUUUUCAGCCAUUCUUUCCAAGUGACCAAACCAUCUCAGGGUGUUUCAUUUCAUCAUCACCACUCCACGAUUUAUUCUUAUGGAAAUUGAAAUAUACUUAAAGGCAUCCAAAGCAUGGAUGCAGAUACAAUAUUAAAAUGGGUAUUUGGGAGUAAAGAACAGGGUACUAAUACAAGAAUGGAACAUUAUGUAAGGAUCUGGACAAGGAUAGGAAAUGUGAUGCAGCUCAAAUAUGAGAUAUGUUCGGAUAAGGUAUUCUGGGGCAUUUCUGCCAUGCUGUCUUUUGUUGGGGACUUCCUGAGAGAAUUGAAGCUGCAUACAUGAUAAUAAUAUUGCUCUUUAAAUAUUCUGGAAUGAUUUAUAUAUGCUUGUGUACUUUUGUAUACACGAGUUCUGUUAAGGAAAUACAGUGAUCCAUGUGCCAUCAUGCCUCCCCCCUCUCCCUCCUUUGAAAAAGAUAAUUACUAAUAGAUGAAUUAAUGUAUCUACCCACUUACCAGACUGAGAUCCUUGUAGAAGAAACAAGAUGAUUCUUGUCUCAUGUGGGAAAUGUUAAUACAGAGGAGGAAGUUCUCAGUUCUCUUGUACUUUACCUUUACUUAAUCUUUUACAGUAUGCUGGGAAUACAAUGGCAAUUAACAACUGCUUUGUUAUAUAGUACAAUAUAUGGUCAAAAUUUUAAGCUACUCUGAAGCACUUGAAUUUUUUAUUCUAUCUACACUCUUGAUUCAUCCCUUUGCAUUUUCAAAUGUUCACUAAUCAGAACCAGACUAUCAAUGUAAAUGAACUGCAACUACAAGCUGGUCAUACUGUCACCCUGAUAAUGCCUCAAGCACCACAAUAACAAUUAAUGGACUACUAAUCAAUAUUCAGCAUACACCCACAUUCACACCAAAGUAACCACUCCUUAUGUCAUCUAUUCUUAGAGUACUUUUUGUUCUGGUAUACAGUUUCACUGCCAUCAUCAUGAGCCACGCAUCUCUCCACCAGGUAACCACACUUGAUAUCCGAUCAGAAGUCUUUCCCAGAUGACCAGUAAUGGUAUUAAUAGACUACAAAGAUGGAAAAUUCAAAUUAACACAUUUUUUUAGUUCAUUCUACGACAUCUGUUCAUUAUGCACUUAGGAAACUGACAUGUAAAUAUUUUUUUUUCUUUUUAAGUAAGACAAAAAUUAAAGGAAACAAGCUCACAGAAGGAGCCAGUCCCUACAAGAGACAGUCCCAGAGCAGAUCCAAAAUUAGGAAGAAUUGUAAGGGAAGUCAUGGAAUACUACUAAGAGGGUAGAGAUGGAGGAACAAGUCCCAAAUCAUCCAGAGUUAAAUUUUUAAUAAAUUUCUGAAUGAAGAGUCCAGCUCUAAAGAUCAAUGAGAUGGCAGUCAUGCUACCAGUUUGAAAGGAGGAAACGUUGAAGAGGAAAAAUUGAAGACAAUUUUUGGCAAGGUGCUAGGAAUCAUAUGGGAGGCUAAAACUGGAAAGAUUUUGACAUUUUCUAUUGAUGAAAGUAUUUGGGCUUAUUGAAAAAUAAUCUCGGCAUUAAUCUGCACAGAAAUGUACAGCACAUGAGUUUCUGAAGAUGGGAGGCUGAGAUAUUGUUUGUGGGCCACCUCUUUAUCAUAUAUAACACCAGAACAGACUGAAUUAAACCAAUGUUUAGAAGGUUUAUGGUAAGAGAAAGAAUGUGGAAUGUACAUCUCUAUACAAAACAAAAUAAUCUCUGUUAUGCAUUCAGCAUACAUGGAUAGGCCCUUGACAGCCAUGGAAAAUCAGCAGAAUACCUUCUCAUGUCACCAAGUUUGCAAAAUCAAAAUGUUUGAGGCACCUUUGCUUUGGAGGAUCUUGAGGAAUAAGUGCAAUAGGACAAAGUACAGAUAUGAGUUUAUGGUCAGAGCCCAACAGAGAGGACAGAGUGAUAGAAUAAGCAGGUUUAUAUGUUAAGAAAAGAUAAAAAAAUGUUUAGCAUAUCUCCAAGACAGUCAGGGAUAUGGGGUGGAUGCUGUACUAAUUGUUCUGUCAUGAAGGGUAGCGAAGUUAAAGACUAGUUCACCAAGUUGGUCAGUGAAGGAAGAAGAAAGCCAAAGCUGGUAGUGAACAUUGAGGUCUCCAAGAAUGGAGAUCUCCAUGAAAGAGAAAUGAACCAGAAUAUGCUCCACUCUGGAAAUUAAAUAAACUGAAUUUUACAUAGGAAUUGAUUUAUAAUUCACAGCAAAAAGAAAAAAAAACUAUGAAACCAUCUUUUUAGUUCCGUGUAUUGACUAAGAGAAAUAUAUCUUGGGAGCAUCUUAGUAUAUCAGAACCAGACCUAAGAUGUGAAGGAGACUGUGGACCCCUUGGGCUGUGAGUGAGGACUAUCUGCUUAGGUGCUCUCAACUUGGGAACUUGUGUUGAAUAUGUUUUCAUGUAUCACCAUUAGAAUGCCACAAUACAGCUAAUUUUCCAUAAACAGACAAUACAAGAAACAGAACUCAAAUCCUGUAAUGAGAGUUAGUGUGGCAAACCUUGCAAUGGCAAAUGUAGCUCUGGAACUAUUGAGAUUUCGUACAUACGGUUCCUAUACAGUAUGGAGAUGUUUGUAUCUCUAGCAGAUUUAUCCAUCAAUUUAUGUAUGAUUAGAAUAUUUUCAACAUACUGUAAGAGAAAAAAAAGAAUAAUACCUAGUUUAGAAUUUGUAAUUAAUAUAUUCAUUUUAAAUAUCAAAUGACAUGACCGUGUAAAUAGACUAAGUCACCUCUCAUCAGUGACACAACACUGCUGAGUGGUGGAUGGUAAUAAAUUAUUAUUAAGGGUAAGCUGCAAGGGUGUUCACAAAUAAGGAUUCAACAACUGUUUGAAAUGUUGCCAAAAUUUGUUAUAUACUUCAGUUCAAUUUUUGUGGAGUGCCCUUCUUUUCAAAAUCUUGUGGCCUUAACAAAAAACAGGUUAUUCUAACAUGAAAGGCCAGUUAUGGUUAUGUAAGUGUUAAAGGUUUUAUAAUCCCAAGCCUGUCAUUUUCAUACUUGUACCUAUAGCUAUAUUUGAUUAAACUAAUAAAGAUUAGCUGAACUAUUUGCACCCAUCUCUUCUUUAUUUAUAUAUUCCACUUUGUGUACCUCCCCCCCAAAAAAAAAGCUUGAAAACACAUGUAUAGAGCAUGUUUCCUUCAAAAUUAUGUGGCUUCAAAAUCUUAAAAAAAAAAAAAAAAAUACAUUUCUUAAAAUGG